AUGACUGAACACAUCGAUAAUAAUCGAAUUUAUAAUGAUCUUCGUUAUCGUUUUGAUUAUUUAUCAAAAUUUCUUAAUUUUACUUCGGAUGACAUAGCAAUGCUUAAUAAAUUCGCAAUUAUUAUUCUACCACGCAUUCCAGUUAUUGUUGAUACUGCUUAUAGAAAAUUACUUUCAUUUGACAUAACAAAACAAUAUUUUCUUAUACGUAAUGAUGGUUUUGAAGGUCCUUUAAUAAAAGAAAGUAAAAAUUUAACAUUAGAUUCACCACAAAUGAUAUAUAGAAAAGAUAUGUUAAGUAUAUAUUUAAAACGUAUAUUAACACAAACAGAAUGGAAUGAUACAUUUCUUCAAUAUUUAUCACAAAUUGGUCAAAUACAUGCAAAUAAUAUUGGUACAACAUUAAUUAAAGUUGAUUAUAUACAUAUAAAUAUUCUAUUUGGUUAUAUGGAACAUUUAUUCAUAGAUAUAUUAUGGACAACUGAAAAUCUUGAUGAUAAAACAAAACAUGAUAUGAUUAUGGCAAUUAAUAAAUUCUUUUGGAUUCAAAAUGAUAUAUUUACAAUGCAUUAUGGAAUGUCAACAAGAGAAAAAUCAUUUUCUACUGAUACAACAAAAGCUAAACCAAAUGCUUCUUGA